UGCCUCGUAAUAGGUGUUAAAAAGUGCACCUCUGGAGGAGAGCCAUUUCAGUGCAUCUCAUGCCCCAAGACGUAUUCAGCACGCAGGAGUCUCCAGAGACAUCAGCGGAAGCGUCAUCCACGAACCGACACAGGAGGAGAACCAGAGCCAUUUCAGUGCAUCUCAUGCCCCAAGACGUAUUCAGCACUCAAGAGUCUCCAGAAACAUCAGCGGGAGCUUCAUCCACAAACCGACACAGGAGGAGAACCAGAGCGAUUUCAGUGCAUCUCAUGCUCCAAGACGUAUUCAGCACUCAGGAGUCUCCAGAAACAUCAGCGGGAGCUUCAUCCACGAACCGACACAGGGGGAGAACCUCGAGGAGAACCCGACGGAGAACCUCGAGGAGAACCAAAGCCAUUUCAGUGUAUCUCGUGCCCUAAGACGUAUUCAGCACGCAGGAGUCUCCAGAGACACCAGCGGCAGCGUCAUUCACGAACCGACACAGGAGGAGAACCAGAGCCAUUCUCGUACCCCAAGACGUAUUCAGCACGCAGUAGUCUCCAGAGACAUCAGCGGAAGCGUCAUCCACGAACCGACACAGGAGGAGAAUCUCGAGGAGAACCCGAGGGAGAACCUCGAGGAGAACCAAAGCCAUUUCAGUGUACCUCGUGCCCUAAGACGUAUUCAGCACGCAGGAGUCUCCAGAGACAUCAGCGGAAGCGUCAUCCACGAACCGACGCAGGGGGAGAACCAAAGAAAUUUCAGUGUAUUUCAUGCUCUAAGACAUUUUCAGCACGCAGGAGUCUCCAAAGACAUCAGCGGGAGCUUCAUCCACAAACCGACACAGGAGGAGAACCAAAGAAAUUUCAGUGCAUUUCAUGCUCCAAGACGUAUUCAGCACUCAGGAGUCUCCAGAAACAUCAGCGGGAGCUUCAUCCACGAAUCGACGCAGGGGGGGAACCAGAGCCAUUUCAGCGCAUCUCAUGCCCCAAGACGUAUUCAGCACUCAAGAGUCCCCAGAGACAUCAGCGGAAGCUUCGUCUACAAACCGACGCAGGUGGAGAACCAGAGCAAUUAAACUGCACCCUAUGCCACAAGACAUUUCGCAAUUCUCAAAAUUUGCGAUUUCAUCUCCGAAUCCACACAGGAGAGAAACCGUUCGAGUGCUCUGUAUGUACCAAGAAGUUCUCUCAAGCUAGCCGCCUGCGGAGACAUCUGCGAGUCCACACUGGAGCAAAACCAUUCAAGUGUACUUUUUGUCCCAAGACAUUUGCUGUGCGUGAAAGUUUGCUAUCACAUCACCGAACGCACACUGGAGAAAAACCAUUUGAGUGCACAUUAUGUACUCAGAAGUUCUCUCAUUCCUCAGCUCUGCGACUUCACAUGCGUGUUCACACAGGGGAGAAACCAUUUAAAUGCACCUUGUGUUGUAAGGAUUUUCGCCGACUUGGUACCCUGAAAGAUCAUAUGGGUGUCCAUACUGGAGAGAAGCCGUUGGAGUGCACUUUGUGCUCAAAGAAGUUCAGAUUGCCCUCCAUGUUGAGGUCUCAUCUUCGAAUCCACAGCCAAGCUGGAGUAGAACAAUAUGAGUGCAAAUUGUGUCACAAAAAAUUUCCUCGAUCUGACUAUCUGUGGAAUCAUCUCCGAACCCAU